AUGUCGAUUACCACUAGGAGUGGUAGGAUGUUACUUGCCCCAUCUAUGGGAAAAUCUGUAGAUGGUGAAUUAGUUGUUGAUGAAUCCGAAGAAUGCAAUCCAGUGGAGUCUGAGAAGCUGGAUAGUUCGGCUGAUGCUUCCGAUAAGGAAAUAGAGAAUGAAGAGGAAGUUACAUUGAAAACUAUUCCAAGACCACCACCUCCCUUUCCUAAACGAUUGAACAAAAAGGUUGAGGAUGCAAAAAUCAGCAAAUUCAUGGCAAUGCUCAACCAAUUGAUGGUAAAUGUACCUUUGACUGAGGCACUUGAGCAAAUUCCAGGAUACAAGAAGUUCAUGAAAAACCUUGUAACCACGAAAUGGAAGGUUAGCUAUGUGCCAGAGGACAGUCUUCUCCAUUAUGGUCCUAUCUCUACAAGGUCUUUACAGCAGAAAAAUGCAGAUCCGAGAGCGUUUACCAUCCUGUGUACUAUUGGUUCCCUUAAAUUCACAAAACCACUCUGCGAUCUGGGAUCUAGUAUAAACCUAAUGCCACUGUCGAUGUACAAUAAAUUGGGUUUGGAGGAUCAUACCGCAACAAAUAUGCGGUUGGGAAUAGUAGAUAGGUUUGUGAAGCGGCCUGUGGGCAUACUACACGAUGUUUUGGUAAAGGAAUCCGGUUUUAUUCUGCCUGGUGAUUUUAUGGUCCUAGAUUGUGAGGUGGAUGAAGUUCCCAUCAUCUUGGGUAGUCCAUUGCUUACAACUCGUAGAGUGCUGUUAGACAUAGAGUUUAACAAGCUAAAGUUGAGGUUCAAUGAAAAAGAAGAACCUAAUGUCCCAAAGAUUAUAGGGGUUGAUGAUGACAUCUCUGCCCAAAACACUCAUAACCCUAUACGGUAUGAUGAAAAUCAACAAGGAUUAGGACUUGAUAGAGGUGCAGAGGAAGUAGCAGACCCUCCUAUUACAAAUACCGGUGCAACACCUUAUGUGGAAGUGAAAGAUUCUGAGGUUCUGCAACCAACCUCUUCAGUGCAGGAAGUUUUAGGGUCCUCAGAAUAA